CGCAAGAGGGAAAGCAAAGAGACUGCAAGGCUCACUUGGCUCACUGGCUUUAUAUAGGUGCGUGUUUCCUCCGCUUCGUACAAUAGUUCCAGCUUUUCAGCUACAAUAUUUAUAAGGUAUAUAGGAACUCCUACCAAUCAAACUUGCACAUGACACUGAAACACUAUUUCAAGUGAGGAGAUAUAGUGAUUUACUACAACAACUAGUUUCUCGUGUGGACUCUACAUCGCUUUUGCUGAUAUUCAUAGACAGAAAGAACGUUUUUUAUUCAAGAAAAAAACAAAUUUAUUUUGCCAUUACAACGUAUGGAAAUGGCCUUAACCGGGACCAUUUUACCAUCCAUCGCUACAUUUGCGAACCAAAAGGAAAAAUGCUGGGAAAAUAGGUGGAAGGGCGAGAUGGACAGGUCUGUGCAUUCCAGCUGUGCGGUGGCUGAGGGCAUGGACAUCUGCAUGGGCAUAAAAGACGAAGAGGAUCUAGAUAAGUUCCUGGAUCUGGAGUUUAUUCUCUCUAACUCCACUGGCACAGACAGCAACACUCCAUCAUCCGGGACGGGGGGAGAGUACAGGCUAGCAGAGCAGAACAACAUGUAUCUCUCCGGGAUGCAGUCUACCUACACCGUGCCCGAGAUGAACAUUCCACCUCCGCCUUACAACAGCCUGAUGGCUGAGCUCCUGCGCAAUGAGCUUGACAGCAGCUUCUGCCACCAGCUCUCUGGCAACAGCAUCCAUGGGAGAUUUCUAGUCAGUUCCUCUGCUUUCCCAAAUCAGGACUUUCCAGACAACAUUAAGGUCGAGCAAUCCAUGGACAGUUACCGACCAGUUAUGGAAAUGGUCCCUCAGAGCUGCCCAAAAAUCAAGCAGGAGGGGAACGUUUCGUGCAUGAUGUCCUUCGAGCAGCCGAGACUAGCCAACUCUCCGCAGGCUGCGGGGAACAUGACACCGCCUCUCAGCCCAGACGACCUGAUGAGUUCCGAGUGUCAGACCCAGAUGUGCCACUCCAUGACUUUCCCCCAGAGCUACCGCUCCGCAGCGGGCUACCCUCACUCUCACCCGCCCCCACAGAUGCAGCUCCCGUACCAGAGCGCACACCAGUUCGGGAUGUACGAAGACGGAAUGGGUAUGCAGCCCACCAACCAGAGAGCGCUGCUCACUCCACCGUCCUCUCCGUUGGAGAUGAUGGACUCAAAGCCAAAGAGGGGUCGGCGCUCCUGGCCAAGGAAGCGCACAGCGAGUCACACUUGCACUUUCGCUGGAUGCGCGAAAACCUACACCAAAAGCUCGCAUUUGAAAGCGCACCACAGAACGCACACAGGAGAGAAACCAUACCAUUGCAGUUGGGAGGGUUGUGGCUGGAAGUUCGCCCGUUCCGACGAGUUGACGCGCCAUUUCCGUAAGCACACUGGCCACAGGCCAUUCCAGUGCCACCUGUGCGAGCGCGCCUUCUCCAGGUCCGACCACCUCGCGCUGCACAUGAAGCGACACAUGUGAGAAAUCACAUACGAUUGAGGACUUUGCCAAAGAUUUCUCCAAAAUAUGUAUUUUGUAUUUUUGUUUGUUUAUUUAACGUUUUUGGGGAAUAGGAAAACAGCAUAAGAAAAGAAAACAUGGUCAGACGAAUUCUAUAUACAAAUACUAUUUUAAAAAUAUGUAGCUGGUACUACUUUGUUAUUUUUUAUCGAAUAAUAUUUUGUAAAAGGCUUUAAAAGUGCAUUACACGGAGUUGGCAUUUGUAAAUUCAAGUCAACAUAUCAGGUUGGCUCUAAGUACACCUCUGACACAACUGGAAUCUAACAAUAACAUUGUUUAACAUGAUGUGUUUUGAUAUUCAAGAUAGUGCCUUCUAUUAUAUGCAUCCUACAAGUGCCAUAUUUUCUACUGGCAAAAACGCAAAGUUUAUGUAUGUGUUAUAACUGUAAACAGCACAUUAAAUAAGCUUUAAGACAAUGUUUUGAUCUAAAACUGCCUUUCAGUCUUCAAAGGCUUGAAUUGAAUGUUCUGUGUGUGCAUUUACCUGUUGAAUAACAUUUAAUGUCAGGGUCUUUAAAACUAUGGAAAUAAGAGUGUCCAUCUCAACAUGACAAAGGGCUAAAAGUCUUGUGACUUAAGACUGUUCUGUUUGGUUUUCUGAGUAAAUGUAUUAUUGCCAUGUAAAUAUAUUGUUAUAUAAUGUAAAUAGUUUAUUUUAAUGUACAUAUUAAACUAAUUGAACAACAUUA